CCCCUUGCUCGUCUCCCGCGUCUCUAUGGUAGAGCCGGCCUCGGAAGGAGCAGCCGCCGUGGCUGUUGCGGGGAGAGAGUGAGAGUUCCAACUUUUCCACUGGCCUGAGAGGUUUGGGGAACCGAGGGUCGCGAUGUCAGAGAAAAAACAGCCGGUAGACUUGGGUCUCCUGGAGGAGGAUGACGAGUUCGAGGAGUUUCCUGCAGAAGACUGGGCUGGUUUAGAUGAAGAUGAAGAUGCACAUGUCUGGGAGGAUAAUUGGGAUGAUGACAAUGUAGAGGAUGACUUCUCCAAUCAGUUACGCAUUUUACCACCAGCCCAUACUGUCCUCUACACCCGAGCAGAAGACAAAGAUGGUUCAUAUGAAUAAGCUCUUGCCUUAAUAUUAUUCAUGGACUUAAAUUUAGAGCUGAAUUAGAGAAACAUGGUUAUAAGAUGGAGACCUCAUAGCAUCCAGAAGAAAUGUUGAAGCAGCCUAAAUUUGAACUGUUUACUAAAUUCUGGAACAGAGAACCCAGGGUGGGACACUUAAAAAAAUGUUUAUUUCAUUACCUGCUUGGACUUAUUUUUGUUUUUGUAACACAAAAAAUAAAUGUUUGAUCUAAGAUUGGUUUGUUCAGAA